AUGGUGGAGAAGUUUGGGAAGACCAGCAUCCAAGCUGUUGCUCCUGCUCGCUGUUAUGCUGGACCUGGAGAUGUGGCAUGUGACGUCUGCACCGGUAGAAAACGCAAAGCUGUCAAGACCUGUCUGGAGUGUUUGAACAUGGUGUCCAUCGCUGGUGAUCCAUGCACUGCUGUGACCAAAAGGACCUUCAGCCAAAGCCAUUUCUUUGAGCCCCUGAAUAAAUCUGUGUCAGCAAUGAAGAUGCAGCUGAAGAAGAAACUAGAUUCAAUCUUCAAGCACGAACUAGUCAAGAUAUCAGCAGCAGAUUCCUGUCACUUCACUCUGGAUCCAAACACAGCACACAGAGGCCUCCAUCUGUCUGAGGGGAACAGGAGGGUGGAGAAGAGACCAGAGGCCCCACAGUCAUAUCCUGAUCAUCCAGACAGAUUUGAUGGGUGGGAUCAGGUGCUGUGUAGAGAGGGUGUGUCUGCACGCUGCUACUGGGAGGUGGAGUGGAGUGGAGAGGUUGGUAUAGCAGUGUCAUAUAAAAGCAUCAGCAGGACAGGAUGGCGUAAUGAGUGUAGGUUUGGAUAUAAUGAUCAGUCCUGGAGCCUGCACCUCGGCAGAACCUACUCCAAUUUCUGGCACAAUUAUAAAAAGACUGAACUCCCUCUAGUGGCCAGCUCCAGAAUAGGAGUGUAUGUGGAUCACAGGGCAGGAACUCUGGCCUUCUACAGCAUCAGGGGAGACACAAUGACCCUCCUGCACAGAGUCCACACCACAUUCACACACACACUCUACCCUGGGUUUUAUGUAGAUAGUAGAUCAUCAGUGAAGCUGUUGUAAAUUCUGCUCCUGUGGGGCCUCUGCAUUCCUCUCUCUCUCUCUCUCUCUCUCUCUCUCUCUCUCUCUCUCUCUCUCUCUCUCUCUCUCUCUCUCUCUCUCUCUCUCUCCACACACACUAUUCAUCACACCCUGGCCUUUAUUUAGAUGAUGGAUCAUCAGUGAAGCUGUUGUGAGGCUCCUACAGGUACAUGCUGCUCCUGUGGGUCAUU